AUGCGCAGCUCAGUCGUCGCCGCUGCCGCUGCCGCCGCCAGCCUGGCCUCUGCCAGCAACAAGUGCAAGGUGCCCAGCGUCAAUGUCCCAGCAUGCCCCGCCGUCGGCACGGUGCGCUUCGACAAGAGCGUGCCGGACCGCAAGGAGUUCCCGGCAACGCAGGUCGAUCUGUGCUACACGGACACGGAGCUGGCGAUUACGUUUACGGCGCGCAACGAGACCAACUUUUACUUUGACCCGAAGCAGGGCACCAAUGGGGACAUUUGGGAGUACGAGGUGAUGGAGGCUUUUGUCUACAAGGGCACCGACGACCCGCAGACGUACCUCGAGUUCGAGGUGAAUCCCAACAACGUCACGUACCAGGCGUUUGUCUACAACCCGUCCAAGGAGCGGGCCGAGGGGACGCCAUUUGACCACGCCUUCAUCUCGGACCCGGCGGCGGACGGCUUCUCGGCGGUGACGACGCUCGACAAGGCCAAGGAGACGUGGGUGAGCGCGGUCAAGAUCCCGCUGGGACUGUUCAACGUGGACAAGGGCAAGGCCAAGGGGACCAAGUGGCGGAUGAACUUUUUCAGGACCGUGGUGAGCCCGGAGUCGUACCCGGAGCAGGGCCUGGGUGCGUGGAGCGUGCCGGACAAGGCGAGCUUUCACAUUUCCAAGUACUUUGGCAACGUCAACUUUGUAUAA